AUGAGGAUAUCUGUGAACGGGCAAUCCCAGGUGCCUCCUGGAUUCAGGUUUCAUCCUACAGAAGAGGAACUCUUGCAAUACUACCUGAGAAAGAAGGUUGCAUAUGAGAAGAUUGACCUGGAUGUCAUUCGAGAUGUUGAUCUCAAUAAGCUAGAGCCCUGGGACAUUCAAGACAAAUGCAAAAUAGGAUCCACCCCACAAAAUGAUUGGUACUUCUUCAGCCACAAAGACAAGAAAUACCCAACUGGAACACGCACAAAUCGUGCAACAGCUGCCGGGUUCUGGAAAGCCACAGGCCGGGACAAGGUCAUUUACAGUAACUCUAGGCGCAUAGGCAUGAGAAAGACGCUGGUUUUCUAUAAAGGUCGUGCCCCUCACGGCCAAAAGUCUGAUUGGAUCAUGCAUGAAUAUAGACUGGACGAUAACAGUACUAGCAACAACGCAGCUGAAGUUUGCAAUGCCGCGGCAGAAGCAGCAGCACAGGAAGAGGGGGGUUGGGUGGUUUGUCGAAUAUUCAAGAAGAAAAAUCACCAUAUAAUUAAAAGUCUGGAUCACGCUACUCCAUUUGUCACCACUUGCUCAAUCGUCACAACAGCAGAAUGCACAAGAGGCCCCCGCCAAAGGCUAAUUGGUUCCAGUGAUGAUGAUGACGACGAACGAUCGCUGGAAAAAAUACUCGAGUACAUGGGAAGGACAUGCGCGGAGGAAAGAGGUCGAGAUCAAGCAAACCAGAGCGCGACACCAAUGUUUCCGAUGGUGCCAGUUGACAUAGUCACCAAAAGCACUGGCCAGCUGUGUGAUAGAUUUAUGAAGCUUCCUGGUCUAGAAAGCCCAAAAUCUUCGCCUAGGACGACGACUACUUGCACUCAUGCUUGUUACCAACCCAUCACUUCCCUUCAAGUACUGCCCGGCAGAGGUGGCGAUGACGCCGAUGAUGUUCCUCAUGAUCCCUGUAUUGCACUCAUGAGCCAAGUAAAUGUGGUCAACGCUGCCGAUCAUCUCCACUCAGUAAACACUACUAGUACUAAUUAUCGACCGUCAGAAACGGCAGCCGGCCUCAGCGACUGGGCAGCCCUCGAUAGGCUGGUGGCUACGCACCUUAAUGGCCAGAACGAGACAGCCAAGCACUUGUCUUCCUGUUUUGAUGGUGGUGAUCACCCAGCCGAUCCCAGGGCCGUGGCAGCUCCGUGCUGCGGCCCUCCCGUACCCGACCAAGAUCUCCAACUACACUACCAACUAAUUAGGUCAUUAUCAUCAUCAGCUUCAUCCUCUGACGUCAUCAACAACCACCACAACCACAGCUGCAACAACAACAAGAGUAGGGAUUAUCAUCACGAUGAAUGCGAAUUGUGGAGCUUCGUGCGAUCGGCUUUGGCCCCUACUGACCCUCCUUUUAGCCACAUGCCCAAUGUUCGGGUCUAAACCAAACAGGACUCAUCUCCAAACAAACGAGUACUCCUCAUCAUGUGCCUUGCGCCCCAAUAGUCAAAAGCUUUAAUCAUUGUUAAUAAUAAUAAAGAUGACCCAUCAGUGCCAUAAAAUUGU